AUGGAGGAUGUGUUGAAAAACAUUGAUUACGAAUUAGAUUUAGACAUAGAUAAAGCUAAUGUUGCUCAGAAAGAAAAAGUAGUUGAUGAUGUAGAAGGUGAUGAUGUUGAUAAGAGCACUACAAAAGAAUUCAAGAAGAGACAGAAAAAAAAGAAACAGUUGAGAAAAAGGAAGAGAUAUGAGAAGGAUGAUGCUGCAUACAUUCCAUCUCCUGAGCAUGUAUCUGAAUCUCAAUCGUCUUCAGGUGGAAAGAAGAAAGUUGGUGCGAGGAAGAGGAUUGUGUCUCCGAAGAUAAAGAAAGUUACUCCAAAGAUCACAAAGCCAAAGAUUGUUCUGAAGAAGAAACCAUCUAAAGAACCAAGUAAACCACCAACACCACCACCAGAACCUACACCACAUCAAUCACCAAUACGAUCACCAUCACAUCAACCUUCACCACCAAAACAACCAACACCACCUAGACAACCAUCACCGUUACAUCUCUCACCACCACCUCAUGAACAACCUUUUCUUACAUCUCAAGAAAUUUUCAAAACACCACCACCCACUCAAAUUCAAAUUCAAUUAACUCCUGUGAAAAAGUUAGAGAAGAAAAUGGAUGAUGUUUUAAAUGAAAACAAAAGAUUAGCAGCUGAAAGCAAGAAAGUGGGUGAUCGUGAAAAGAUUCUCGAAAUGCGUGUAAAGAAGUUAGAAUCUGAAAACAAGUCUUUAUUGAAGAAGAUAGAUGCCGAUCAGACCGAGAUUGAUAUCUUGAAGGUGAGGGUGACAGAGUUAGAGGAGGAAAAGACUCGUAGAGAUGAGCAGAACAAAUAUUUUGAAUUAAAGAACAAAGAACUUGAGGCUGCGAAGGCAUUGAAAGAGCACAAAUUCUACAUGAUGAACAAAUUGAUAGAGAGUAUGCUCGGAAAGUCUAUUGAGCAGAAGUUUGAAGAAAUUCAAGAUAAAGAAGUCAGGGCUAAGCGCCAAGCUGAGAUUGAAGCUCUAAUGAAAGACGAAGGCAAGAAUGCUGAAGGCAGUGUUGUAGUAGCUGAAAGAUCAAUCGUUCCAUCUUUAGUCGUUGAUAAUCCUGUUCCUAUAACUUCAGUAUCUGCUGUUUUUGAUGAAGAUGUAUCUCUUGAAGAUCUGAUUGGGAAUGACGAUGAAGAAGAUGAUGAGGAGGAUGAUGAUGAAGGAGAUGAUGGCGAAGAAGAUGACGAUGAUGAAAAAGUGUUUUCUGCUAGUAGUCAUGGUUCUGACGAUGAUAAUGAUGAUGAUGAUCAAGGAGGUACUGGUAUUACAGUGACUGAAGCUUCAAAUGAGCAAAAUGUUGAAGAUUUAAUGAAAGAUGAUGCGAAUGAAGAAACAGAGGAAGUUGAUGGAUAG